AUGGGAGUGGAUCUGUGUGAAGGAGUGGCGACUGAUGAUUUCAUUUCGUAUACCGAACUCGAAUCUCUGGACGAAUUUAGGUCUUUUGGUGAAACUGUUGCCAGAAUGUUAUUAGCUCGUGCAAAUGCCGCGCAUUAUUCCGAAAUGCUUUCUUCACUUCUCAAAGUCGCUGUCGAGCAGAGCGCGCAGUUUAUGUGCUCUCCAUUUGAGAUGGCGAAAGCGAAGGGAGCCGCUGCAAAACCAACGAUGAAAGUCGCGCAGAAAUCGAAGGCACCGCCACCGAAAGCGAGGGAAGACUUAUAUGAGGACUACGUGUCGGAUGAAUACGAUGAUUACGCUGAUAAUUUCAUGUAG